AUGGACAGUACCAGCAACAAGUCUGAGUUAAAUGGCUUCCAGCCCGCCCUCGGGCAGCAGCUGCAACUCGGCGCGCUGUACGAUGCUCGCACCCGUAGCUUCUUCAGUGGCAUGUCACUAUGGGACUCGGAGUCGAUGGCUGAGAAGGAACAAACCAAUGAAAACCAGGUCCAAAACGCCGACUACUACUUUACCUACUCCCUCGAUGAGGCCCGCAAGGAAAACUUGCUAGACAUUGAGGGCUCGCUGUCGCUAGACCUCAAGAUGUUCAGCGCAUCCGGAUCGGCCAAGUACCUCAAUGAGAAAAAGUCAUCACAAUAUGAGGCGCGAGUUAAUGUGUCGUGCACCGUGGAGCGACGCACAAGGACCAUCCCGAUGGAGGUGCUCAGUCGGAUCAAGUAUGGCAAUCUGCUUGACAACCCCCAGUUCACCCACUUCGUAUCUGAAGUGGUUGAGGGCGGUAGCGCCACGCUGACCUUUGCCCGGUCUUGCUCAUCGGAAGAGGAGGCAACCAAAGUGAAGGGAGAGCUCAAGGUCAAGAUCGUCAAGAUCCCAGUGGGAGGCGAGGCUAGUGUUGAGUGGAAGGAGGGCACCAAGGCCCUGAUGGAGAACAUGCGUAUCUCAUACAGCGGUGCCAUUGCGGAAAACGUCGGAAGUCUCGAGGAUGCGCAGCGUGUGGCCAAGGAGAUGCCGAGCAAGCUAGCCAAGCAGAUGAAUACCCUCAAGUACAAGUUGCUGCCUGUGGAGUUAGUAGACAACAAGGCUACCCGCGUCAUCCGCGCCAUCAACACCAACAUUGUCAACAGCACAGCCACCGUGCUUCACGACGGCGACGAUGUGUCGGUCGCACUCCGGAAGGUUUCGGAUGACACGGCGUUUGCAAAAUUCCCAAUGGUCAGGAAACAGAUUGCAAACUUCAGGGAUGCCUUCUCUAUCGUUGAGACUGACUUUACCUCCUUGGCAAGACGUCUGCUCCCAGAGCUACGGGACGGUAAUACCAACCAGCACGAGAAGGAGACCGAAUUGCUGAGAGCGGUCAAACUAUACUCGCGUCAAGUUUCAGUUGCACAGCAGUUUGUGGAGGCCAAGCUCCAAGAGGCUGAUGAACUGCGAAAGACAGUGGCCAAGCUCCUGGCGGACGGUUUCGGUGACUACCUAGCCGGUAAGACCCCAGGAUCGGUGAUCGAGGAGAGCCCACCGUGCCUGCUGCUGACACUGGGGGGCUCAUCUCUAAGCCAGCCUAAGCACGGGCUGCAGGCGCGUCUGGAGGCAUUAUCUCAGGACAGUCCAGCAUCCGGCCAGGAUGGCGAGGGUGACGAGAAUAGUGAUGGCGACGAUCUCGAGGAGGAGUGGUUCGAAGACCAGCAAACGACGAUGAUACUACAAAACUCAUGUAAACAGCUUAGGGAUCAGCGCAUCCAAGCUGUCCCUGGAGUCGCUGUCGUCUUUGGUGUGACAAACGCAGCAAGGGCCGUCCGUAACGGCAAGAAGGUUGCCACAAAGAUCGGCGAUAUCCUCCUUGGUCAUCGUGGCAAGCUCACCGUCGUCACAGGCGAGCUACCCAGCAGACCCUCGCCGCCGGCCGUUUCCGUCAAUGGCCAGGACCUGACAGUCAGCUGGAAACUCCCAGAAUCGUCGGACGGACCGAUCCCUGUCGACAACUGGAUCAUCCGCUAUCGUCGAGUGCCCAACGCUGAGAAGGACGGAGCCUUCCCACAUGCUGCUGAGGGAGAGCUCUUUAGCGAGAUUAAGUGCUCUGAUACAGCAACAGAAGCCAAGCUCAACCAACUCACCGACGACUGCGACUAUGAAGUUGCACUGGCAGUCCGCACCCUAGUUGGUGCCUCAGCCUGGAGUGCCUCUGUGGUCGGCCGCACAGAGAAGCGAACAUCUGAAGCCCAUCGCAUCAUCGACUUCUUUCACAAGAACGAGAAACUACUGACACAGCCACCACAAGAAGCUGGGCAGGUGCCUUGGUCGUUCGACCACGAGAGGUGCGUCAUCAACCUUGGCCACCGCGAAUAUCUGAGCCGCAAGUGCAGCACUGAAAGGUUCAAGAACGAGGUCGCUGUGCGUGUCGUGGACGUGGCCACCCAGUACAGGCCUGAAGUUCAGCCGGCGCCCCUCGAUAGCGCCAAGGACACGGUGGUAACUGUCUUUACCGGCCCCACUGGCGCGGGCAAGAGCACUCAGAUCAACGCCUUUGUGUCAUACAUGCUGGGCGGCGAUAUCGACGACACGGUCCGCCUCAUCUUGAUCGACGACAGCAAGGCCAACCAAAGCAGUUCCGUGACACAGCUCGUGACCUGCUACCGCCUGCGGCCCUUGACAGCCGAGUUUCAGGGCAAGACACUCAUCAUCGUCGAUACGCCGGGUUACGCCGAUACCCGCGGGCCCGAACGAGAUGCCUUUGUUACCGCCGCCAUGUCUGACUUCUUCCAGACUGUCUACCACGUCAACACUGUCAAUCUCGUCUGUAAGGGUGACGAAACACGCACAAACAUCAUCAAGCCCGUAACCUCUUACGUCUUUUCCCUCUUUGCCAAGGAUGUUAAAAGCUCUCUGCGGACCCUGUACACCUUCGGCGAUGGCCUCCGCCUCCUGGCCCACGACACCCUCAUCGAGCUCAAGUGGCCCGUCAGCAACGGUGAGAUGCAUAUCAAUAACGCAGCCUUUACCCUGUCACCCCUGGAUAACAGACUUGCUGGUUAUCGCGACAACUGGUACAGCAUGAUCCGAGGCCAGCGCCAAUUGUGCCUAAUGGUUCUCAAGAUGACGCCGGUUCCAACAAAGGGCUCCGCAGCUGUGACCAGGCAGCGUAUAGCCCUCGAAGAGAAGUGUAAGCUGGCUGAGAAGAAUAUCAGUGAGACCGCUACCAAUGCCAUGCUCGUUAUGAUGCAGCUCAAAGUCUUCUCUGUCGGACUGGGAUUACCCAAGGAUGCUAUGGUGGAGGUCGACACAAAGUCCGUCGAGACCACAAAUGCUCCGGAAGGCCAGUACACUACCUUCUGCAAAGACUGUACAAUUACCUGUCACGAGGACUGCGCAUACAAAAACGACGAUCAAAAGAAGGAUUGCGCCGCUAUGGUCAAUGGCUACUGUACAUUCUGCCAGAACAAGUGCAAGUGGGACAGGCACACAAACUACUGGUCCAUCUUCAGAAACGUGACUAUCAAGAAAUGGGUCCGGCAACAGGAGAUAAUUGAUAAAUGGGCUGAGGGUGAGAAAACCCAGGAGUCAGCUAUCCUGAACAUGCUGAAAGACUACUUGCAGACGCAGGGCGACCUCCGUGACAAGAUGUCGGAGCUUGCCAAGCUCAAUGCUAAGCUCGCCGAGGAUGCUCUGCAGCACGACUCCAGUGCCCUGCUGGGGUAUGUUAGGGAUCUGAUUGGUACCGCCAAGUCCCAGCCCAACGUCGAAGGCUAUAUCACACAGCUCGAGACGGCGCGUAAGACGCUGGCGCUGCUGUCCGAGCUCGAGAAGCAUAGCUCCACAGGCGCACCACUUGCACAGGACCUGACCGUUCUGGUCGAGAUUAUGCAGGACAUUCGGAAUGAGAUGGACCGUAGGUUGCUUUUGAAAGUUUCUGAGCGCGAAUUGGAGGAGAGCAAGCCGAGCAGAUUGUACAACACCCUAUAUGCGAAGCUACCAGACCAUAUCCAGCAGAAGGUUCCGAAGCCGCUCCCCGAGCAGACGUCGAGGUCGACUGGCGCUUUGUACAAAGAGAAUCUGCAGUCUGUUGUGGCUUUGAUCCACGAGAUCCUCAAGGACGGCGGCGUCGUGGCUGCUCUCGCGGCGGGUCCCAAAUAG